UGCUCGUUGGAAACGUACGUCUUUUUCAGAGAACUCUCUCAACUGAUGCAAUAAGUUAGAGCGGAAUAUUUUGUCUCUCGCUUCAAUUUAUUAUAUCAGUUCAGGAAUUCUUAAGAAAAAAAAAAAAUAAGCAAUAACUUUUUGGCUAUUUAUUGGAAGAAGAAUGAGCGGUUUAACCUAUAAAUUGUUCUCUUUGGAUGAUGUCAUCCGUAUGAAAUCAGGAAAGGAGAGAGAGGGGAAAGAAAGAUUUGUAGAGAACAUAGAAAAUGGUUAAUUAAGAAUAGGAAGAGCCAAAAAGAUUGACACGUUUGGAAAAAAAAACCAUCUUACAGAGGAGACAUUAUGACAAAGUCGUUAAACCUUAAAAAACAAAAAAUAAAAUAAAGCGCGAAUAAUCGAGGAGUGUCUCAUCAGCAUUCGCUGAAGGUAUCUUGUCGACAUUCAACACUGAUGAGUAUUAAUGUGUGUACACUUGUAACAAAGACUGUCAUGAAACGACUAAAGAAAGGUUAGAGUUGCAGAGUGAUGUUUAUUAUUUUCGUCGAGGAAGAAAUGAUGACGAAUCGGUGAGGAAAUCGAUAGUGGGAAAGGUCAAUCAGUGAUCGCGGGAUAUUCUACAAAAAACAACACGAACGACGCUCCUUAGCCGUGAAUUUGGAGUAAAGCCAACCUUGCAAGCAACGAGUCAUGAAGCACGACACUGAAUGCGUUGAUAAACGGUGCAAUAAGAGACGAUAUAUCGCGCGCGAUAAACUUUGUGCGAUUCAAGGUUCGAUCGCGCAACUUCCGCCCGUCGUAGCCGCACCUCUCUGCACUUUGUGCACCUUGAAUGAAACAGGGAUAUGCUCGAGUAGUCGGGAGGAAAGAGCGAGUAAAUUGACGGCGCACAGACGGUGCAGCCGCGAUGACGAACCUGCACAUCGCGACUCGGUCGACGAGACAAACGCGAUAGGCGCGAGCGAUCCAUCGAUCUUGGGCGAGUCUCAAGGGUAAAGAGAUUGGGUUAGAGGCGUGCGAUUUCACGCACGCGAGUUUGACGGGUUCGCUGUCUCCGUGCCGUUGCGUUAUCGGGGAAGUCGUCUGCAGGGAGACCCCCGUGGAAAGUGAAAACAGCGCACCGUUGAAUGUCGUGCGACUUGGCGGGUGGAAGUGCAGAGAGGCGCGUACCUAGCGCGGCGAGCUUCGGGCCGAUCGCGUUAUCCGUAGAACGCGGCCGAAUAAUUCGCGGGUAUCGUUAUUUCCUGUGCUCCACGACGAGAGGAGAGGACAAUGAAGGACUAGGCGUCGUGCACUUGAAUAACUCGGCCGAUCGUGUGAUGUGAGUCGACGGUGCCCUAACCAACAGUGGUGUCGAUGCCGCUACGUCGCCGGGCGUUUGGAAUCUUGGUUAAACGGAUUUUCCCCUUGUUGUCUGUAUCGCGGUCGAGAUCGUAAUCUAGAGUGAGACCGAGCGACUGGCAGGCAGACUACAAAGUGCAAAGUUGGACUGACCUAACCCAAAUCCGCGGUGAGGAACGCCGAUUCCGUCUCUUUAUCGCUGGACCUUAUCGAUGGUGUGCGAAAAUAGCUCGGCCACGAACCUGCCCGUUUGCGUGAGCUGUGAGAUCAUUGUACAAACAUUAUGACGGACGUUCGCCCUCGCCGCGACACGAAGGAUCCAUCCUUCCUUCUCUCCCGCGUAACUCUGGUGCCGCGCGACGGCGAAGGACCCGCGGAGGAUACACGUGCGUAAAUGCGCCAAGUCGAAGGGCAUCGAUGCGUAAAGUUGUGAACGGGUACGACACUCGGCUGGGAUUUCACUCGCGCUGUCGACAUUAUCAACCAGUCAUGAAGAAGCAGUUUUUCCGGGUCAAGCAGCUCGCCGAUCAGACCUUCUCCAGAGCGGGGAAAACGGAAGUGCUGACGGAUGAUCUGCAAGCUGCUGAUAAACAUGUCGAACAAAUCAGAGCAGCUCUCACUGGUCUCAGUAAGAGACUUGGGAAUCCACCGAAUCAAACAGUCACACAGGAUGCUUUCAAGGAGAAACGUUUGAAAAAGUGCUACGAGUAUAUACUUGGGCAAACCAUGUUGGAAAAUGCUGGUGAGGACGGUCUCAUGAGUUUUGCAUUGUUAGAGUGUGGGAGAGCACAAAUGUCAUUGGCUAACGAAACUGUGGAGCACGAAGCGAAAGUCGAACAGUAUGUAGCUGCUCCAUUGCAACACAUUUUAGAUACCGAUGUACCAAAUAUAUUGAAGCAUAAGAGAAAUUUAGCGCGUCUUACGUUAGACAUGGACAGUGCCAGAACGAGAUAUCUUCAAGCGAGUAAACACAGUGCCGGUGCAGGCGCAACAAAAGUAGAUAACUUGAGAGAGGAAUUAGAAGAGGCUGAAUCAAAAGUUGAGCAAUGUAGAGAUCAAUUGGCCGCGGAGAUGUUCCAACUCAUGUCGCGCGAAACGGAACUGGCACAGACGAUUAUUCAGUAUGUGAAACUUCAACGAGCUUACCAUGAAAGUGCACUGCAUUGCCUCGAGGACCUUAUACCUGGAUUAGAAAGCUAUAUUAAUGAUAACGAAAUGAAGCCAGUAUACGGAUAUCCUCUCGAGGAACAUCUUAGGGUAACGAACCGAAAAAUCGCAUUACCCAUACAGUUAUGCGUGUCCGUGCUAUUGCGUUUGGGCAUGGAAGAGGAGGGCCUUUUUAGAAUAGCAGGUGCCGCGUCGAAGUCGCGACGGAUCAAAUUAAGUUUAGACGCCUGCUGCCUCACGUUGCCGAGGGCCCUAGAAUAUAAAGAUCCGCACGUAAUCGCUGGGGCGCUAAAAUCAUACUUACGAGAAUUGCCAGAGCCUCUACUGACGUACAAGUUGUAUCCCGAAUGGAUGGCUGCUGCAAAACUUGCGCACAGUGACGCGCGGUUACGAGCUCUCUGGGAAGUGCUGCAUAAAUUGCCACCGGCGAAUUUGGAAAAUCUGCGGUUCCUAAUUAAAUUUCUGGCUGUGCUCACGAAGAAUCAGGAUGUAAAUAAGAUGUCACCACAGAAUAUCGCUAUUGUCAUUGCCCCAAACUUAAUUUGGAGUCCGCAAGAGGAUGCAAAUACAAUAGUGAUGAACAUGAGUACAGCAAACAACUCUAGUCUUAUAGUAGACCAAUUAAUUACAUACGCGGACUGGUUCUUCCCGGGUGAGAUGGAUUUCGAUCGCGACCUGGAAGUGGGCAUCGUGAGCGAUUCGGAGAAUCAGACUGUCGGUAUGCGCCGUUGCAUGUCUAAUACUAGUCUCAGCGAUCACGGCGAGAGCCCGCCUCAAGGUAGCCCGAAACCGGCGGCACGUCGGAAGAAUAAGCCAGCGCCGACGCCGCCGAGUGGCAACACUCCGGACAAGCACGAGAGGAGAUGCGAUGACAAACAACCGCCUCCGACGCCAGACAAGCCGCCGAGAGCCUUAGCAUUGGCUACGUUGACUCGGACAACGCAUAAAGCUCACAAGUAUGAGAUGAACGCCGAAUCAACGCGUGGACACGAGGACACGGCGGAUCGGCACGAGAAGCACGCAGAGACGGACGCGAAGCAGUCGUUAUCGGAAUCGAUAUCGAUGGACCUUUAUCCUGCGGACAAUCCUGAACGACCGCAGGAAACCAGUACUCACCAAAGCGAAGUGUUCAAUUUAAGCGAUGUAGAGAAAAGCAUCUCGGAAUUACAGAGAUACGACGCGAAAAUAAAUGCACCGAGCACAAAGGAGAAGCCAAGUGGAGUCUCGUCCGACAAUAUCACGAAAUCGAUUGUGGAAGUCGAGCAUAACGAAAGUACGGUACAAAAGCCAAAACCAGUGCCUACGGAAAAGCCAUCCACAUUGGAGAGGAGAAGACCAAUAGCAGCACCUAGAAGUAUAACAAAUAUCACGCAUACAGCAGAAGACGGAGUCGAAUUACGCAAAAAGUCUGACAAUAACGCGCCAAAUGUACAGUUAUUGGGUGACAGAAGCAGCAAACCGGCGAUUCCCGAGCGGCCAGCUUGUUUGAUUCGUCCAUCGAGCCUCAUCAGACAACAUCCACGUCACAGUAACGAAAAUCUAGAAACCGAUCCAGGGCCUUUAACGCUGGAACGAGCUCACGUAUACUCCGUGGACAAACAGCAGGUCAGUAUAAUACAAGUGCGUGGGAACAAUAGCAAUGCGCUGUCCACACCGGGCGAGAGCACUGGCAACACGGCAACUUCGAACUUGCAGAGAAGCCCAAGCGUGGGUAGCCGGCCGUCCUCUAUAUCUCUGUACGGCACCGAACGCCGCGAGGAGAAGGCCACGAGGCCAGCGGAGCAGUCGGGUCAGGUGCCGUACAUCGAGCAAGCGAAAGCUCACACGCGCACCAGAUCGGAAGGCAACAUUAUCGACGUCCAAACCCAGACUGACGCGAGAGUGGUUGUCAGGUCGCCGCAGCAGAACGUACCGGCUUCGCCGAGAUUCCAUCAGCGACCGCCGCGGCCACAGCCACCACCGCCGCCGCCACCCACCAUACGGCCUAAGUUGGAACAGGAGAGCACCAAUCUUUAGAAGGGUCAGAAGCGUGAAACACAGCUGCGGUGCAUCUCGCGGAGGGGCUCUCGAAAACGUGGUCGCUGUCUCACCGUCGUCGAGAACAGCGCGGCGUUUCCUCACGCAUGACAAUAUGUUACAUGUACGACGUAGAAUUUCUUCUAUCUUCGCGGAUAAGAAUCGCCGACGGAUAACGAUCGAUGAAAGUCCUCGUCCAUUUCGAGAGCGUUGCGUCCUCGCAAAUCUGAAGGAUCGAAUUUAUCAUAACACGGGGAACUGCGCGAGAUCCGUUCGCUCGGUGAUUCGAAACACGUGCAACAUCGAGUAUGUAUUUCGUAGGUUUGAUAACACAUUCGGACAAAGUUACUCUAUUUUUCCCGUGAUCUCUCUAUUUAUACGAUUUCUUAUUAUAUUCCAACGAUAAUCCUUAGAGAGUGUUUCGACGAAAUGCCAUUGUACGAAAGCGAGAGACAAAGAGGAGUCAUUUCAUCUUGGACAUUAAAGCGUUUGCGCAUUCGGCAGCUUCCAGCACGCCGUGUAUUAUAUUUUCAAAACUCCUUUUACAUACAUACACAUAUACAUACCUAAUUUGCGGUAAUUGAUGACAACGGUGAUGAUAUUUUUGAAGCUUAUCAACUUUUUAUACUUGUAGCGAAUAAGGAGAGAGGCAGAAGCUCCAAGUGUCGUUUUAAGAUUAAGAAUAUCAGUUCAAUAUUAGAUCAUCACCGUGAGCGUUGAAGCGCACAAAACUAGUUCGCUGUGCUCAAUAUACGUUAAAGCGUAAUUAUAAAAUUGUCUUUGGUCCGCAAAAUUUGUUAGACAGCAGCGUCAGCGCUUACGAUGAGAACUUUUAAUUGUUACAUCCACUAAAGAAAGGGGAGAAAAAGAGUUAACGUACAAGAGGACUGGUACGGUCAGUGCGUCGGAAUUGAUUCAACGGGUGAUAUUUUAUUAGCGAAGAUUGAUCGAACGUUUAUUAAUCGUUAUGAAAUGCCGGAUCUACGUUUGAGAGAGGACGUAUCUGUAUGUUAUUAUAUUUGACCGAUGCAAUACGCGAUUCUUGAAUUAUUACCAACACCUAAGAACGAAAAGGACUUUUUUUAAAUACAAAUCAAAAAUUAAGUUUUAUAUACGUUCAAGUCUCUAUACAAGUGUCUCUAUACAAUGAACUCUUGAUCCUGCAGAUUGAAUUAUCAUGUUCGUGCCGAACAGUUGAGUUCGUACCCGCAUUAUUGAUGAGAAAAAAUUGUUGAUCACGUUGUAUCGAUAUGAAACGUUAAGUUUGAUCAGUUCUUAUUCACUAAAAACAUCUAUGUAUACGUACAUUUUUAAUCUUCAACUAAUGACUUAAACAGAUGAUGUAUUCGAUUCCAUGGUGGAGUCAACUCUAAUAAGGACGUUGCAUUUCAUGAUAACAAGUUGAUAUGUAGUAUUUUUGUUUAGCUUUAUUUUAUUUUUUUCUUUUCUUUAAUAAAAUAGUCUCUCGUUAUCUAUGAGUAGAUAUGUCUAAAAAUCCUAACAUUACAGAAGACAGUCGACAGCUAACAUUUUUAUAUAUAUAUUUUAUAAAAUUCUUUACCAAAAUUACACACACAUACACAUAUACAGGAACACCUAGAUUUGACACCACCAUAGUAAUUGAGGGUCAAUCCCUCUUUACAUACGUAGCAAAAUUCGUUUUUCUUUGCGAAAUUAUGUUUGAAAUUAUAUUUUUUAAAGAUCCUUGGCAAAUUUUAUAAAUUAUGUAAGUAUAAGUUGUAUCUUAUAACAUAGUAUCCCCGAAGUCGAUCUCGAGUUUGUUGUACUUCGUUCCCAUGAGAAUGCUAGAUUUGUAAAAUUCAAGAAGUUAAAAUUCAUUAUUUACGCACGUGCUAUUUUGAAUGUGUAUUUUGAUAUUAAAAUUGAAAUUUGAGAAUA